AUGGGGAAUAUCUUUGCGAACCUCUUCAAAGGCCUUUUUGGCAAAAAAGAAAUGUGCAUCCUCGUGGUGGGUCUAGAUGCCGCCAGGAAGAUGACGAUUCUGUACAAACUGAAGCUCAGUGAAACCGUGAUUACCAUUCCCACCAUAGGUUUCAACGUGGAGACCAUAGAGUACAAGAACAUCAGUUUCACCGUCUGGGAUGUGGGUGGCCAGGACAAGAUCUGGCCACUGUGGCACUACUUCCAGAAUACACAAAGUUUGAUCUUCGUGGUGGACAGCAAUGACCGGAAGUGUGUGAAUGAGGCCCGUGAGGAGCUCAUGAGGAUGCUGGCCGAGGAUGAGCUCCAGGAUGCAGUCCUUUUCAUGUCUGCCAACAAGCAGGACCUUCCCAAUGUCAUCAAUGCAGCUGAAAUCACAGACAAGCUGUGGCUGCACUCUCUGCGCCACAGGAACUGGUACAUUCAGGACACCUGUGUCACCAGCAGGGAUGGGCUCUAUGAAGGACUGGACUGGCUGUCCAAUCAGCUCCAGAACCAAAGUGAAUGCGAACACUCCCCUCCCUCCUUCCUCCUCUCCGCCCUCUGCUUUACUAUCAUGUGGCAAAUGUGCAACUCCGUGGUAUUGAGUGCCAGAAGCUGUCUCCAUGGUUUUGGUCACAGUGUGCAUUGCACCAUGCUGUAA